UUCGCGGGAAAGCAGGAGAGAAGAGCGGACAGGGAGAGACGGAGAGAAAGAAAAAAAAGACACACACCAGGCGAGAACACCGCGGAUCAGAUAAAAGGAAAAAAAAAACAAUAUAUAAAAACCAAACCCGGCGCGUUUAAACCUGAUGCCAUGAGAGUCGGACCCGGGGCUUCGUCUUAAAGCCGAGUGCGCAAGGAGAAACCGGGCAACGCUUUAACAACAUUUAACGCAACAUCAUCACCAUCACUACUACUACCAUCAUCAUCCGCAUCAUCAUCAUCAUCACCCAAAUAUGUCCUCAAUGUCUGUGUGAAAAGAGAUACUUUUAAAAGGGAUUACUUUCAUGCGCGUCUUCUCUGGACUCUGAACUCCUGAACAUCAAAGAAACCAGAGACGGAGAGAGAAAGAGUGAUAGAGAGACGGACAGGGGCUUCAGAUCGGAUCGCAUCGGAUCAGAUCGGAUAUUUUUGAGAGGGAGAUUGACCUCUUUAAGAUGCACUUUCUUGGAAUAUCAGUGUGGUUUGCAUUUUUUUCGGCGCUGCUCUACGCGAACCUCGCUUUCCCAUCAAGCCAUGAGUACUAUGAUUACGAGCAGGAGGAGGGAGAUGAUGGCAUGGAGCUGUCAGAGCCUGAUCUGGAGGAACAGUUGCGUUCUGCGGGCAGCGUGGAUGAGCUGAUGAGGCUACUCUACCCCAGUUACUGGAAUAUCCUAAAGUGCCACUCGAAACAUACCAUCAGUCCUCGCUUCUCUCAGCGAGACCCAGACACGCGAUCGGAGGAGUUCUCCUUCGCCGCCGCCGCCACGCACUUCAACCUCGAAAUGUUUAAAAGUAUUGAGGCGGAGUGGAGAAAGACCCUGUGCAUGCCGCGCGAGGUGUGUUUAGAGGUGGGGAAAGAGUUUGGGGCACCCACCAACACCUUCUUUAAACCUCCAUGCGUGUCUGUCUACAGAUGUGGAGGCUGCUGCAACAGCGAGGAGCUCCAGUGCAUGAACAUCACCACCUCCUUCGUCAGCAAAACCCUGUUUGAGAUCACCGUCCCCGUGAAGCAGCCACCCAAACCGGUCACCAUCAGCUUCGCCAACCACACCUCAUGUAACUGUUUGUCCAAGCUGGACGUGUACAGACAGAAACACUCCAUCAUCCGGCGAGCUCUGCCAGAAUGUCAUGUGGCAAAUAAAACAUGCCCGAAGAACCAGAGCUGGAGCAAUGGCUUAUGCAGAUGUGUGUCUCUGCCCGAGACACUCUUUCCCCAGCAGCACUCAGACCCAUUCCAGCAGGACUUCUGUGGCCCCAACAAAGAGCUGGACGAGGAGACGUGUCGGUGUGUGUGUCGAAAGGACCUGAGGAUGGCAGGCUGCGGGCCGAAACGUCACCUGGACAAGAACACGUGUCAAUGUGUGUGUAAAAAUCAACCAAGGGCCUGCGGCCCUCAUCACACCUUCAACAAGGACACAUGUCAGUGCGGCUGCAACAAAGUGUGUCCCAGCACACACCCGCUCAACCGCACCAAGUGUGCGUGCGAGUGUAAUGAGUCUCCCAGCAAGUGCUUUCUCCGGGGGAGGCGGUUCCAGCAGGCCACCUGCAGCUGCUACAGGCUGCCGUGCCCUGGAGAUCCGAGGAAGCGGGAAUGCGAGGAGGGUUUUUAUUUCAGCGAGGAAGUGUGUCACUGCAUCCCCAAUUACUGGCGGAGACUAGAUUAGCAGAUGCUAGCAGCUAAAGGUGCUAAAAGAAGAAGCGCAGAGAUGCUAGCAUUAGCAGGUUUCGUGGUGCCUGCUGCUAAUCGGACUCCAUUUUCGCUAGCACGGACUAGCAAAUCAGCAAUGUGGACUCGCUGGUUAAAAGAAGAAGAAGAAAUUUUUAAAACAGACGUUCGAUUGUAACCCCAAAUAUCAGAUACAGGGGAGAGAGCUUACUCUGAACUUUAAAGAAGCUGGAGCUGUUGUAUUUUCUACAUCUUUUUUUUUUUUUUUUUACUCAUUAUUUGUCAGAUAUUGAUUAUAUAAUUUAUUGCCACUAAAAAAAGUUUUUGUGCAUAGCGAUUUUUAAAGUUUUCACAAAGGAAAUACACUGUGAUCAAUAUUUUUGUAUCAUGUGAAGUCCAGUAAGAAAUAAAUAAAAUAUAAAGUUGUAUUAUAUAUUGUUAACUUAUUUAUGAGCUAGUCUAUUAUACAGAAAUAGUACCAAUAAAGCAGAAGCAGUUCAAUGUAUUCAGUUAUGAUCUAGCACUAGAACUUCUGUAUACUGUAUGAGUUUUAUCUCCAGCAAGAUCUCCAUUGAGGAAAAAAAAGAACAAUAUUUCUUACAAGAACAUGAAAAUAUAAGAUGGAAAACGAUACAGAUCCAAGACCCAGCCAAGGCAUCGAACAUCCAGCGAAAAUCUUCACUGUGUCACAAAUAAACAUUUUAUAUUUUGUGCUUACAAAACUUGUACCAGUGCAUCAUUCCUUUAAAAAGGCAAAGAGACGGCCGUGUGUGUCAAACAAUGUGUCAAUUGUCUACUUGUGCAGUGAGCGUGUGCUGAAAUAAAACGUUCAUUUUAUGAU